AUGCACAAGUCUUCCAAGAGUCGCGGAAGGAUUUCCACUUGUAUUGCUGAUGCCCCUAUUAAACGGCUUAGUGAUGCUGGAAUUAGUGAUUUUGCUCUUCGAGAGUUUGUUCAUCUUGACUUUGAGAAGGGUGCUGCAACCACCUGCAAGAGAUCUGAAGUUUCUAAUGAGACAUUCCAUCUCACCCAACUACAAUGGAACCAUAGUCAAAUUGAUUCAAAUGAUACUGGGUGCAAGUAUGAGGGCUUCUACGAAAAUUACCUGAAAAUGGAUGGAGUUCCAAAGGGCGAUGAGGUUUCUAGUAUGAUGAAGAAAGCUUUAGAUGAUCCUUGCGGAAAUGUUAUAGGUCUCGAAGAGGGCACACAUGACUUGGCAGAGAAAACUCAAGAUAGUAGAAGGAAGUCGACAGUAAUUAUGCUCUCAUUAAAGAGAAAAUCUUGCGACGGAGAGGAAACAACAGAAUUCUGUAAGUACAUAUUGGAGUCUCUAGAUAAGCAGAAGUGCCCUGCUCCAGACUACAGCCCAUAUGUUCCAAUUGGCGUAGAUUUAUUUGUAUGCCCACGAAAGAUAAAUCAUAUUGCUCAGCACCUCGAACUUCCUAUUGUGCAAGCGCAUGAGAAACUACCGUCGCUGCUGAUCGUUAAUAUGCAGCUUCCCACUUAUCCUGUUUCGAUGUUCAACUGUGAUACUGAUGGAGAAGGCAUGAGUCUUGUAGUAUACUUUAAACUAUCUGAGAAUUUCAACAGACAGAUUUCACCUUGUUUUCAAGAAAGCAUCAGGAGACUUGUUGAGGAUGACAUGGAAAAGGUUAAAGGCUUUGCCAAAGAGUCCAAAGUUCCUUUUAGAGAAAGGCUAAAAAUUCUGGUGGGGCUAGUUAAUCCAGAGGAAUUGCCGUUGAGUUCUGCAGAAAGGAAGCUUAUUCAAGGUUAUAAUGAAAAGCCAGUGCUUUCACGCCCGCAACAUGAAUUCUUUAAGGGACCUAAUUACUUUGAAAUUGAUCUGGAUAUACAUCGGUUCAGCUACAUAUCUAGGAAAGGACUUGAAGCAUUCCGAGAUCGCUUGAAGCAUGGGAUAGCUAAUGUGGGCCUGGCUAUUCAGGUAUAA